AUAAAUAUACUAUGUAGAUCAACAUUGAAUCUAUCUCCUAUGUUUUGCUAACGACGCAACACAAGGACAAAAUGGCGGCGGAGAAAAUGAAACUAGAAGUUUGGAGAGGUGACUGGGGCUUGCCGUCUAUAGACCCUCAUUGUCUGGCAGUAUUGUCUUAUUGUAAAUUUUCCAGAGUUCCUGUUGAAGUCAUUAAAACUGGAAAUACCUGGCGAUCACCAACAGGAAAUUUUCCUGUAUUACGUCACAGGAAAGCCACUUUUAGCAGAGUAACAGAUAUAUUUACAUAUCUUAGGAAGGAGCAUUGGGGGAGUGACUCACAUUUGUCGACAAAAGAAAGUGCUGAUGUUGUUGCUUUUUCUGCGAUGCUUGAAGAAAAGCUUCUCCCAGCUUUGCUGCACUUGUGGUGGAUAGACGAUAAAACAUAUGUUGACAUCACUCGUCCAUGGUAUGCAAAAGCUGUGCCGUUUCCCCUAAGUUUGUUCAUACCACACCAGAAGCAGAAGAGAGCUGAGCUACGUGUGUUACUCACUAAAGGGGGAGACCACAUCACUGAUGCUGAGACAGAAUCUAAAGUCUAUAAAGAGGCUAAAGAGUGUUUAAAUUUGUUAUCAUACAAGCUGGGUGAUAAAGAAUACAUGUUUGGUAGACAACCUUCCUCUUUAGAUGCCCUUGUGUUUGGUUACUUAAUUCCAUUGAUCAAAGCUCCAUUGCCUUCAAACCCUCUACAGAGUCACUUACAGCAAUGUUCAAAUCUUUGUCAGAUGUGCAAUGGCAUUCUUACAACUUAUUUUCCUGCAGAGGUCAAAGAGUAUGAAGACAAUAAGAAGAAAGAAGAACAACAGAAGAAAAAUCAGGGAGUUAGGGCAGAUGUGACAGAGUUUCCAAAUAGGCGACGAAACAUGAUCUUGGCCGCUGUGUUUGCCAUCACAUCUAUGAUAGGUUAUGCCUUGGCUACAGGCCUGAUCAAUGUGCAGAUCAAAGAUUCAGAAGUUACUCAGGGGAACAGGAAGUUUCGGACGCCUCCUCCUCAGUCACUGCAAGGCCCUCAAUUUGAAACACCAAGAGUUCUGGAGGAGCAGCAGGAGAAUGGGGAAGAGUAGUCAUGAGUUCAUCUCAACUUGGAAUUAUUGCUUCUCAUUUGUUUAAUAGUUUGCUGUUAUGCUAAUAUUCUAGUUAAGACCCAUAACUUCUUGCGGAAAACCAUUGUUUAUUCAAUUUAAAUAGAUGUCAUUGCUUUUAAGUAUGGAUUAGUCUGUAAACCAUAAGCACUGACUACAACUGGUAAUCGUGAAACACAUGGAAUUCUGUCAUGUGAAAAAUAUGUUGACAUAGUGCAUUUUUAUUUGAAUUUUACAAUGUUAUUGUCUUCCUUAUGUUGACGUAUUGUGUCAAGUAGACACUCAACAACUUUUGUCUUGAAAAAAAAAAGUAAAGUAUUUGCAAUAACUGCUAUUUAUAUUAGUAUAUACAUGACAAAGAUUUUGUGUUUCAAUAAUGCAUCCCUAUCUUGUCCAAACACCGUGCAUCAAACUCAGUUCUAUUUGAAGUCACUGUAGAACAAAAAGGAAGAGUCAAUCUAAAUCUAGCUUCAAAUUUUUGAAAGAAACUCAAACAAGGCUAUCUAAUCAAAUUUUGUUUUGCUGACUAGUACUUUUGGUACUCCCUUUCUCCCUUCAUUCUGAGUCUAACUAAAUUGAUAAUUCUUCCUUCUGUCUCAAAAGACAAUGGAUGCGCCCAGAUGAAUCACUGGUUUUAGUUUUCGUGAGAUGGGGCAGAAUCUGAUGUGACUAAUCAAGCUGAUUCUGAUGCAGUAAAGUUUGCCACAGUUCGAGCAUGUGAAUGAACCUGUUUUAGUGCUGUCUGAUAGGGCUGCUUUCUUUCCCAUUCUCUUAUCUAAGGCAGCAUCAUUUCUAUUUCUCUAGGCAAGAUUCGCAUCAGUACACACACUCCAUGCUGUCCCAUCUUAAGCUCUUUCCUACCACAUGCCUACAGAGAUUCAUACAGAAUCUCUGUUGGGUCUGACUCUUCAAGUUUAGCAUAGAGGAUGUCUUCAGGAAUUCUUCUAUGCAUCAUUCAGGGGACUAAAUUGAUAUAAUCUGGCACAUUUAAGUAUGAUGAGUGCAGUCCUAGAUAUUUUAUCAUACAGUAAUUCCUAACAUAACUGUAGACGUGUGUUAUUGUAUCAAUAACAAACUUCUUUUUAUCUAGCAUCCAGCUUGAUCCUCAUGCAACUACAGUACUGAAUGUGUUAGAUUAAAAAAAUAUAACAUUUUUCAAUUCUUACUAUUAACUCACACUUUCAUCCCAUUUUGACAACUUUUCAUUAACCUAUUAAGCUUAUUUUUACACAUUGACUCAUGCUGCAAGACAAAAUAUUUUAUUAAAAUUUCAGAAAGAUUACUUCAUUAACUAUUGAAAUAAUUACAGUUUUGUAUUUACUGUUAAAACCUAUCAGACUCAAGGUAACUAACAAUUAUAUUAUUAUUCUUAUUACUAUCAGUAUCUUUUCACUUAUGGCUGGUAUGAAAACGUAUGAAAACAAAUAUAUAUCAAUGUUGAGUUGACUGUAUUAUUUGAAUAUGAAGUAAGAAGUGAAAAUAUUUCCAAUUCUAAGAAAGUGAAAUAAAACUAAGUUUGACUAACAUUGCUUUACUCUAUGUUAUGUGCACAUUCUGCUGUUCUUGGUACAUUUUGUAAUGGAGAACAAACUUAUACUUUUUAAAUAUUUUCACUGACUAAUUUUAUAAGCUGUUUUUUCUUAGUCCCAUAUGUACUUAGCAUAACUAAAAAAGGUAGUAUUUAUAUAAGGAGCUAAUAGAAUCUCAGGUAGGCCUAGUAUUUAGAUAGAAUAAAAAGAAUCAAAAUGUUUAUUACCUUUUCUCUGUGUAACUUUGCUUAUAUUUUACAUGUAAAUAAGAAUGUGAAACUUCUUGUUAAAAAAAAAAAAAGAACAUUAAAAUGUUGACUGUGAGAAUGGGGAUGAAUGUUGAAUGAAAGUAGAAUUCAGUUAAAAAAAUAUUUUUUUUAGCAAUAUAUUGAAAAGUUAAGUUUUGUUUUGUAUUUCUCUAUUUAAUAAACAUUGAAGAAGUACUCAA